GCUACCAACGCAGUCUCUCCAGGAACAGGUGAUGAUGAGAAGUUGCUGUGCAGCUGUGAGAAUGAAAAAGGCACGUGCACUAAUGACACGUGCAGAGGAGACGUCUGUUUCUACACCUGGGUUCACGGCCACGAGGAGAAGGGCUGUUUCUCCAACAGCAACUCCAGAGAGCAGUGUUCAGGCUCCUUCAAGAGGUUCUUUGUCUCGUGCUGCAGAGAACACCUGUGCAACGCCUUCGCCACACCUCCUCCAAAUAUUGAAGGACUGACCACAACAACAGCUCCAGAGUUAGUUCGUCCAGAGCUGUGGAUCACUCUGUCUUUCCUGCUGCUUCUCAUGGCUGCGAGUGUCUGUGGCAUAAUCCUGUUCCUGCGUUUCCGACGCACGCACUGUAAACUGAAAAAUGUUGAGGACCGUGAUGUCACCAUGCUCAAGGCUCCUAAUGGAGAUGACCCCACGUAUGGAGAUAUCUAUGAUGAGUUUUGUACGUCAGGGAGUGGGACUGGUCUGCCCUACCUGGUCCAAAGGACCAUGGCAAGACAAAUCUCACUUGCUCAAUGUGUUGGUAAGGGCAGGUAUGGAGAGGUGUGGAGGGGAACCUGGAUGGGUGAAAGUGUGGCUGUAAAAAUCUUCUCCUCCAGGGACGAACAGUCCUGGUUUCGAGAGACCGAGAUCUACAACACUGUCCAGCUGCGACAUGACAACAUCCUUGGUUUCAUAGCCUCUGACAUGACAUCUAAAAACUCCAGCACCCAGCUGUGGCUCGUCACUCAUUUUCAUGAGCUGGGCUCCCUCUACGACUUCCUGCAGUACAGCAGUGUGGAGCCUGAAGGCUGCCUGAGGAUGUGUCUGUCUGUGGCCUGUGGUUUGGUUCACCUCCACACUGAGAUCGUCAGCUCCCAGGAGAAACCGGCUAUCGCUCACCGCGACCUGAAAAGCAGAAACAUCUUGGUGAAGAGGAAUGGACAGUGCUGCAUCGCUGACUUAGGUUUAGCUGUGAUCCACUCUCAGUCCCAUGACUACAUCGAUGUGGGCAACAACCCCCGUGUUGGGACCAAACGUUACAUGGCCCCUGAGGUGCUGGACGAGACCAUUCGCACUGACGUUUUUGAGUCGUACAAGCAAACAGAUAUCUGGGCCCUGGGGCUGGUCUUCUGGGAAAUUACCCGCAGGACAAUUGUCAAUGGGAUCGUAGAAGAGUAUCGCCCUCCUUUCUUCGACCUGGUGCCCUCAGAUCCCAGCUUUGAGGAGAUGAAGAAGGUGGUGUGUGUUGACCAGCAGCGGCCCAGUCUGCACAACAGGCUCCAUUCCCACCCAAUCCUUUCGGCCACCGUGAAGAUCAUGAAGGAGUGCUGGUACCAGAACCCACCAGCCCGCCUCACAGCCCUGCGAGUGAGGAAGACGCUGUCUAAACUGGACCACGACAGUGACUUCAGCAUUGAAAAACUCAAACAGGACGUCUAGACCAGAGGAUCGGAAAUGUUAGGCAUGUUUACACCACAUUCCGGGGAGCAUGAGGUGCAUAUCAACGUAUUUUGAGCUAAUUAUUCACACAGACGGUGAAUUACAUUAGGACCAUAUGGGUUUGAACGGUGCUGUUUAGAUUGUCUCACACCCAAGGGCUUUUUUCACAUUGCUUCAUUUUGAAAUGUCCCGAUUUUUUUCGGUGAUUCAAAGUGUGAUCUGGAAUGAGAAGACAUAUAACCACCAGAUAUUCUUGCAUUCUUACUGAAUUUCCCCGGUGUGGGAUGAAUAAAGUCUUAUCUUAUCGUAUCAUCACUCAGACUGUGAAGCUUGGGUGAAAAACACAGAUCUCUUGUACCAGUGUAAAUGUAAGUCUCUGGUCAAAGUCAAAGCCAGAGAAAACUUUUGAAGUAUAUGAUUCCCACAGUUAAACCAAAACACAUUAGUGUGGCACAAACACAAACACUGAUGUAAAAUCUGCAUUUAUCAUCUGCACUUAAACACAUUGAGCAAUAUAGAUGUACAUUUCCUGGCAGUAUUAAAGCUGUGCUUUUGAAAACCUUCGGCUUAACUGUAAAUAAAUUGUUAAAGGGACGUUCUAUCGUAUUAUAUUCAACUGAUAUAAUUUUUAUAUAAUAAUUUUUUAUCAAACACAGUUUUUCAACUUGUAUACAUUUUUAUAGGUCUGAUGUACCUUCACUGCGUAACAAUGGUUUAAACACCACAGACAUGUAAUACUGUAUAUGUUGAAAUAAAAAGAAAGAUAUAUAUUUUAA